AUGCAUGCAAAGCAGGAGGAAGCAACCUGGAAGUACACUUGUUUUGAAGCUAAGAGAAUAGCUGUUAUUUAUUUAAGAACAAAAAAGUGUCAGAAUGUUUCACAUGACAUACUCAAAGGUAAUUCCAAGAUAACACAGCUUUUCUUGUGUAUUCAUGAACUUACACAGUUCUUAUUUUUUCAGGUUUGUGGUGAGCACAAUAUUGGGCGGUACCUAUCAAGGCUGGUGGAGGUAGCUACACAUUCCAUAAAUCUUUAUGAGUGCUCAUCCAGUUCAGUCUUCACUGCCCAAAUAGAUGAACUUCUUGAUCAGUGUCAUUCAAAAUUCACUUUAGGGAAUAAUAGGGAACGAACUAGCUAUGUUCGUGAACUCAGUGCCAAGUUAGAUAAAGAAUCAUAUCUUGUAGGCUCAAGCAUAACCUUAGCUGACCUGCUUGUUCUCUCCAAUCUACUACAGCUGCGUAUGUUAGAAUCAGCACCUUCUAAUGUUCUGAAAUGGAGUAAAGGCUGUCUAGAACAUCAUCUUUGUAAAUACUUUAUUUAAUAUAUUAUAAAAUUAUGAAAUUAAAUUUAUUUUCUGGUAAAGAAUUGUAAGUAUGAAUUGUAUGGGGAAGUAUCUUGAUGUGGCUAACUCAAGAAUGUAAAGUUCCUAGAGGAAACAAAGCGAUAAAUCGAUGAUAUAAACAUUACGUUGCUGAAUAAUAGCUCAAUAGUUUUCUUCAAUUUGAUUAGCCAUUUUUUAAUUUUAAGUUUUU